UUUAAUAAAUCUCGUUUUUUUGUUCUUUGUCUUCUCGAGUUUCAACGCUUCACACUAGAUUAUUGUUGCGUGCCUGCCAUUGUUACGCCGCUCGAUAAUGUCUAAAGAUCGCGCUUCUGCUAAUGAACGCGGAUCUCGCCGAAGAGCCUAUUUGGAACAGGAUCACGAGCGGGUGAUGCCUUCAUCAAGAUGGAGGCACGACUUAGAGCAGAGGAGUUCCGAUCGACACGACAGCAGUCUUAAAUUCGACGGUUACAGAUCACUCGAAUCCGCUGGCUUUGACUUCUUCCGAAGUUCUCGAUUGAAACGGGGUAGGAGGGAUCGAACCCGUCAAGAUUGGUGGAAGAGGAGUUUACCAACUUUCUCCUUUGCUCUACCUCCCGAGACCGAUUCGCGGUUUCUCGAAGCCCACAAUUAUUCGUACUUCAGGCAAUUUCCCGACGCACCACCCAGUCAGGAGAUGGAUUAUAAUUUCAGCACCAAAAACCUGGUAUCCACGUGGAGAGAACUAUGGAUCCACCUGGCUUCGGCUGAGAAAAAGGCGGGCCUGAAGAUCAAUCAGUGGCAGAUUGAGGAGAUGCGAGAGAAAAUCGAAGAUGUAGAUUUCGAGGCAACCGAAAAAAUGGAUUGCGAUCGUUUAGAGGCACAUCUGACCCUCUACCGUCGCAAGUGUCCGUCUGCAGAACCCAUUAUUAAUUUGGGAGCGUCUGUCGAAGACAUUCGAGCCAUCGCCGAUUGUAUCCUGAACAAAGAAGCCUUGGAUCUGAUUCUAGUGAAACUGGCCGCGUGCAUUGAGAAUCUGUCGGCUUUCGCACUGGAGUACAAAAGCCUUCCCACUGUAGGCUACGUACACUUACAACCUUCUUGUUUUGUCACCGUGGGUAAGAGAGCCUGCCUAUGGAUACAGGAUCUUCUCUUAGAUCUUCGAGCCCUCGGCAGGUGUAGGAACGAUCUCAAAUGUUCGGGCAUCAAAGGCUUCGACGGCAACCAACGAGAACUGCUCUCUCUUUGCGAAAGAAACCAUCCCAAAAUCUCUUUCAUCGAGAAGGAAUUCUGUCGAUUGUCCGGAUUCGAUGGGAUUUAUCACCUCUCUCGCCAAUCAGAAAGCGGGAAACAAGAGGAGCGCAUUGUAUCGCACCUAUCAUCAUUGGGAGCCAGCAUUCACAAGAUGGCCACCGAUGUAGACAUACUUCGCUCCUUAGGAGAAGUGAGAAAAACCAUCGUUACGGGGGAAGAGUACCAAAAUAAGGUUGAGUCGUGCCUUUCGACCAAAAGUGGAGCGUGCCGCGACACGUCUCAGCACCUGAUGAGCCUAUUUCUGCACGUUCUAUCGCAAUCGUCCACGCGCUGGAUGGAGCAAUCGCGGCACCAUCUGGGGGGAAUCAGUACCUACACAACAGAAGCUUUGGUCACGUGCGAUGUGUUGCUGGACAACCUGUUGUCUCUGAUCAGCGAAUUGAAGGUGGAGAGCAGAACGAUAGAAUUUCGAAAUCGAGAGGAGCUGCCCCUUUUGGAGACGGAACUGAUUCUGGUAGAGCUGAUGAAGAGAGGCGAAAACAGGGUGCGGUGUCAAAAACACCUGCAAAACUUAGAAACUACAAUAGCCACAGAGUUUAGAAACGAGAAGAAGAGUCCGAACGCUGUCGAAAUGAUAAAGAACGAUCCAUUAUUCUCCGAUCUGACCGAAUACUUGGAGUCUUACUUGGAUCCAGAUACUCGCACGGGUAGAGCUCAGAGUCAAGUAGAAGAAUUUGUGAAAGAGGAGGUUCGUCCGGCUCUCGAACCCUUUGUCCAUUCCGCCAUUUUCCGCCAAUAUGGAAAUAUUUGAUUAAUAAUUCCUCAAGUUUUAAAAAUGUCUUUAUCGUUCCCGAAUCCAAAUUAAAUUCUGCUAAUAAAUGAUUCAACUUCAAGCCUUACUCUUCGUGGUCUGACACACAUACUAGGAGCCUUUUUUUACUACAAUACCGAAUUUUUUAUAUCCAACAGCAACGGGAGGUUUACUUUGGGCAU